ACGCCCGAUCAGAUCGUACUACAGUGGCAGCGAAUCCAGUCGAGGAGGUUGCACCCAGUGACAGAGGCUCAGCUGUGGCGGAGGGUACGCGCAACGAACCGUCAAACACAGCCCCCGCGACUGCUGUCGCGGGCGACAGUGCUGCAGGUGUAGACUCCGGUGUACAGUCUGGCUCCCAAGCAGGCGGAUGGUUUUCGUGGCUCUAUGGAUCAUCGACAGCUGAUAGAUCUGGCCCACAAGUCCAAAUGGCGAAGCCAGAGGAGGAGCCACCAUCGGAAACACCAGACAACAAAGAGGAAGAAAGGACGAUAGAAGACCAAAAUCCAACAGUGGCAGAAACAGAAGCAGACCAGGAGCAGCCUGCCGAAACAUCUGAGGUCUCUGGGACAGCCCAGAAGCGGUCUUGGCUUCAGAUGUGGUAUGGCUCGUCCGCCUCAAAGACCCCGGAAAAUACUCCCAUCGAACCCUCCAGUGGAACCGACACACCCACAUCUUCUGUCCCGCAUGCAGCACCUGCACCGAGCCAAGAGCAUGAGAUGCAAGAGGAGGUAGACGACCCAGUUAAACCACUAGAUCCGAACACAAAGGCUUCCGGGUGGAGCUUCUGGUUUAGAGAUGCUUCGAAGGAUUCCGAACCCGGCAAGUCGCAAGAUGCCCAGGUAGCCGAAGCCUCCAUGACUCAAGAGCCAUCGAAGAAGUCUGCCGUGGAACCUGAGCCUGAGAAUGAGCCUAGGGUGGGGGUGGUGAAGAAAGGAAGCGUCAAAGCUAAGGCUUCUAAGAGUACUGCUAAUCUACUUGACAAAGCUACCGCACGAGCCGAAGCAGAUGUCAACGCUCCAAGCCAAGGACCGUCUGAGACUGUAGCAACAAAACAACUCCAGAAGGUCCUACCGAACCAAGUGCUUCCGCGGUUCGAGGACACAUUUGCCUUGGAAGAGAAGCCGGGCAUACUCCAGACGAUAGGGCGCUACUUGCAUUAUAACAAACAAGCCGACAACAAGCAUGUUUACAUGGUCCGGGAUCCGCCGCAUAUCAAAAAGGCACUCGCCAUAGGUGUACACGGGUAUUUUCCGGCUCCUCUGAUACGGAGUGUUCUCGGACAGCCAACCGGAACGUCGAUCAGAUUCUCAACAAUGGCAGCUGAAGCCAUACACAAGUGGGCAGAGGACUUUGGCUACAAAUGCGACGUAGGCAAAAUUGCCUUGGAGGGCGAGGGCCGUAUAGCCGAGCGCGUGGAACUGUUAUGGAAGCUGCUACUAAACUGGAUGGAGGAGAUCCGAACGGCGGACUUCAUUCUGAUUGCAUGUCACAGCCAGGGCGUUCCGGUGGCAAUCAUGCUCGUUGCCAAGUUGAUAUCCUUUGGCUGCAUCAAUGCAUCCCGUGUUGGUAUAUGCGCCAUGGCGGGCGUCAACCUGGGCCCGUUCACCGACUACAGAUCUCGAUGGAUUAGUGGUUCAGCGGGCGAGCUCUUCGAAUUUGCCCUGCCCUACAGUCAGGUUUCGAGGGAUUAUGAAGCGGCAUUGCGCACAUGCUUAGAUUUUGGAGUGCGAAUAUCGUACAUUGGCAGCAUUGACGAUCAGUUGGUUUCCUUGGAGUCCUCACUAUUCACCCCCGUGACCCAUCCGUAUAUCUACCGCGCAGCCUUCGUCGACGGCAGGGUCCACGCUCCGAGCUUGUAUGCCACCACCCACUGACCCUCAAUCACUUCAGCACACACUGACCACUCUCAGUCUUUCACACCUAGUCGGCUUCGUCCUGAAGCUUCGCAACCUCGGCAUUGCAGACCACGGCCUCAUCCGCGAACUCAGCUCCCCGUUAGCAGGAAG